AGAGUCUUCAGAAGAAGAAGAAGGAGAAUCAGGGAUCAGGACAUUUGGGAUCAGUAUUUACUGCAACGCUUCCAACAAAGUCUGUGUAAAGAUGAAACCCCAGCAGUGUCUUCACGCGGCCACACCAGUGAGGAAGAGUCUCGCUCUGUCCAAAGUGGCUGGAACCUCCAUUUAUGUCAAACUGGAGUCGUCUCAGCCGACGGGAUCCUUUAAGAUCAGAGGCAUCGGAUAUCUGUGCAAAGCCUGGGCGGAGCGAGGAUGUGAGCGAUUCGUCUGCUGCUCAGGAGGAAACGCUGGGAUGGCAGCAGCUUAUUCUGCCUGUCAGCUCGGAGUUCCCGCCACAAUCAUCGUUCCAAUUCCGACGCCAAAUCUCACGGUGGAGAAGAUGAAGGACGAGGGAGCCGAUGUGAUCAUCCACGGCAAGGCUGUAGAUGAAAGCAUCGCGUACGGACAACAGCUUGUGGAGAACAACCCAGGCUGGGUCUUCAUCUCCCCGUAUGACGACCCCCUUAUCUGGGAAGGUCACUCGUCUCUGGUGAAAGAGCUGAAGGAAGACAUGCCGGUGAAGCCAGGCGCCAUCGCGCUGUCGGUGGGAGGCGGGGGUCUGCUGAACGGCGUGGUGGAGGGACUGCGCCUCGUCGGCUGGGCUGAUGUACCUGUUGUAGCCAUGGAAACCAUCGGAGCACAUAGCCUCAAUGCAGCCAUAGAGGCCGGAGAGCUGGUCACAUUACCCGCCAUCACCAGCAUCGCGACCACGCUGGGCGUGGCACGUGUCUCUGAACAGUCAAUGAAACUGGUGAAGGAGCACACAGUUUUCCCCGCAGUUGUCUCAGACCAAGAGGCCGUAAAGGCUCUGGAACACUUCGUAGAUGACGAGAAGAUCUUGGUGGAGCCAGCGUGUGGCGCCGCUCUGGCGUCCGUUUACAGCGGCGUCAUCAAAAGGCUCCAGGGUGAGGGGAAGCUGGCGCAGAAACUCGGCCCCGUGGUCAUCGUGGUGUGCGGAGGCAACAACAUCAGCAUCGAGCAACUGUCCACCCUGAAGAAGCAGCUCGGUAUGAUCUAGCGUGGUCAUCUUGUACUUCUCUGACCUUCAAAAUAUUCCUCCAAUCACCUGGUCUCAGUCCCUAAAUCAUUCCAGACUGUAAAAAUCUCCUGAGAACGUAAGCUGACAAAUGUGAGGCGCAGCAGCUGAAGGGAUUUGUUUGUGAUUACUUUUAAUGUUGUUAUUGUUGUUUGAAAAUGUUGCAGUUGUGAGAUUUGAAAGAGGUAAUUUGUGACAAGAACACAUUACACUUUGAAAUAUCCAUAAUAGUAUUAUAUAUUCACAUUGAUUUGAGCAUGAUUGCUUUGUAAAAGUGUCUGUAUUGUAAUUGUUGCAUUUCAGCUUUUGUACUUUUUAAUUUUAAUAAAAAUUAAAAAGAC